GAGAGCUGGAUCUCUGAAGCUACCCUGGUCAAAGGAUGCUGAGUCCGGAACGCCUAGCCCUACCGGACUACGAGUAUCUGGUGCAAAAUGCAGGAUCAAAGGAAAUGGUGCUGUCAUCAGUUCAGAAAUUGAACAGAAUGCUUCCUCGCCCAGCGCCAUGUCCUCACAUACAUGGAGGAUGCAGUAUGCCAGCUGCUAGAGAACAAGGAAGAUAUUAGCCAAUAUGGCAUUGCCAGGUUCUUCACUGAAUAUAAACCUGGAAGUGAAAUUGCUGGAUUAUAUGGUCAUUCUACCAAUAUCUUACUUUCUAAGUUUUAACAGUGUAUGUCAGGGAACUCACAUUCUUUUUCGGGAAUUCAGCUUCAUCCAAGCCACCCCUCACAAUAGGGCAUCAUUCUUACGGGCCUUCUGGAGAUGCUUCCGAACUGUAGGCAAAAAUGGUGAUUUGCUGACCAUGAGGGAAUAUCACUGCUUGCUGCAAUUACUGUGCCCAGAUUUCCCGCUGGAGCUCACUCAGAAAGCAGCCAGGAUUGUGCUCAUGGACGGCGCCAUGGACUGCUUGAUGUCUUUUUCAGAUUUCCUUUUUGCCUUCCAGAUCCAGUUUUACUACUCAGAAUUCCUGGAGAGCGUGGCUGCCAUCUAUCAGGACCUGCUGUCAGGCAAGAACCCCAAUACGGUGAUUGUGCCGACAUCGUCCAGUGGGCAGCACCGCCAGCGGCCUACCUUGGGCGAGGCCAGCGUGCUGGAGGGCGUGGAGGCGUCACUGUUCUACCAGUGCCUGGAGAACCUGUGUGACCGGCACAAGUACAGCUGCCCACCCCCAGCACUCGUCAAAGAGGUCCUAAGCAACGUUCAGAGACUGACCUUCUAUGGAUUCCUCGUGGCCCUCUCAAAGCAUCAUGGGAUCAAUCAAGCCCUAGGAGCUUUGCCUGACAAAGGGGACCUGAUGGACGACCCGGCUCUGGAUGAGGAACUAGAACGGCUGCUGGCGCAGAUCCCAGGCCUGGUCAACUCGGUCACUGCCAGUCCAGAGGCCAGCUGCCUGCCUGCCCGGACCCCUCCCCGGGUUGGCUCCCCCUGGAGACCCCUGCAUCACGCCCGCAAAGUGGAUGCAGAGAGCGACGGCUCCACCGAAGAAACAGAUGAGUCCGAGACUUGAGGAGUCUGAAGGGUCCUGUCUACAACGCCCAGUACCCGGCUCCCCGCCCCCCACCCCCACCUCCCCCGCUCCCCUCCAGCCCUUGGGACUCCCAGCCACCUCCUCUCCCACCCCCGUGCCAUGCUGCCCUCUGCUGGUGAAAAGGCCAAAUAACGGCCCCAGCCCAGAGACCCGCCAGAGGGGUUCUAAUGAUCAGCCCAAGCUAAGCAGUGACCCUAGCAAGUUAACAGCCUACUCUCCUGGCUCUGUCAGCCUUUCAUCAGGCCCCCAAGCUGACAGCAGAUUGAGCUGAGGCCACCAGAAAGGUGACUUGGCUUUAGCCUUUUGCUGACGGUCCCCAUCUCCUCACAGCAACUCCAGGAAGAGGGAGACGGUGCAUAACCAUGCAGGACCUUGCAUGGUAAAGGGUGACACCCAGUGAUGCAAGUAUUAGGAGGAUACAGCCAUGGUGGCCUUCUGCUGGAGGAAUAGCCACUAGCCAUAAGAUGGAGAAGGGUGGGUGAAAAGACAAAUUUCACUUUCAAAUACUGCUUCGUCUCCUCUGUGUCUAAUAGUUAAAUAUGUGAAAUGAAUAAAGUCCCUUGUGUCUGGUAA